ACCUAAAGCUACACUUCCAAAUUUGAGAGAGAGAGGUAGUUGGAGAUGGGAAAGGUGAAGGUGGAACCUCAACAAUCCAAGAACACAAUAAAUCAUUUCAGUCACCCUCACCCUUUAGAGCUAAUCACUAAUCAAAAAUUUGUUUCAUCUUCCUCACAGCUAUGUUCAGGCUGCAAGAUUCAAGCCACUGGAUCAAUCUACACAUGCAGAUCUUGCAAUUUUUUCCUCCAUACUGAAUGUAGCCAAAUGCCUCAGCAAAUCACUCAUCCAUUUGACAAAGAACACCAUUUCAUUCUCCUCCAAAAACCCAUUUAUCCUGAAGGCAAUUUCAACUGUGAUGCAUGUGGGGAAAUAGGAGAUGGCUUCUCUUACCACUGCAAAACUUGUGGUACUGAACUUCACAUACUAUGUGCCAUUUUCCCAUUAUGUAUCACUCACUGGUCUCAUCAUCACCAGCUUGACCUUAAAUUUUCGCCUCCUUAUCCUGAUAAAUCAUCCUGUAGUGAUAUUUGCAAGAAUGUUGGAACCAAUCAUUGGCUUUAUAGAUGCCAAACUUGUGGUUUUGAUGCUCAUUUGAAUUGUACAAAGUUACAAGCUACACCACAUCAAACUAAUAUCCAUUACAACCCAACUACAAGUAGAUUUGCUCCUUAGCAGCAGCAAAAUUUUACUGGGAUAAAUCAUAUGAAUCAAGGGAUAACAAUGGACCUGCUUGUAUUGGGAAAAAACUGAGUCUGAAUAUUGAAGAUUACGUGUCAUGACACGUGGACUGGUCAAAAGGUCAAAACGCAAUAAAUAGCCAAGAGGCACGGGAGACAACAAAUAGGGGGAAGAAAACAACAUAGGUGUGGACCGUUACUCAAAUAGGUACGAGUCUCGUACCUAUUCGAGUCAUUUAAAGACCGAAGAUC